CUCCUCUCUCUCUCUCUCGUUCAUUUCUUCCUCGUUUGCAUCACGUACCCGCACACACACACACACACACACACACAUACACACACACACUCUCUCUCUCUCUCUCUCUCUCUCUAUAUAUAUAUAUAUAUAUAUAUCGGAGAGAGGUUUCUUUUGAAUCCACGUAUACGUCGUCUACACAGGUACGUAAAUUUGGUCGUUUCGUCGGGAAUCUGUGAGGGUUUGACGUGGGGGGCGAUAUGAGAUGAGGAGGAAUUGAGAUUCAAAUGCUACUGCAUCAAAGAGGGGAUUGGGAUUCAAAUGCUCGGAUCUGCUGGUGGUCUUAUGACCUCCAGCUUGAAGAAGUCAUUGCAAUUAAAUUUUGGAAUUCGUUCUUUUGUAAGGAAUGCUGUUAGGUUAAUGAUAUCUUUUAUGGGGUAAGAAGUGGGGGCGAAAUGGUUUUGAAUUUCAGAUUGUUAAAGACAUGAAGGAGACACGAGAUGAUACAGGGCCAGCAGAGCAAAAGCCUCCAAAUGCUUCAUGGUGGCCUUCAGAUUUCGUGGACAAAUUUGGAUCUGUUUCUUUGGGAUCCCAAGAAGAAUCAUUGAGUAGUACUGAAUCACCUAGAAGUUCGGAUCAAGAUGUGUUGUCGUCCCAGAAGGCAUCACAAGUUGUAUGGCAAACUGGAAUGCUUUUAGAACCGAUUCCCAAUGGUUUCUAUUUUGUCAUUCCGGAGAAAAGGCUCAAGGAGAUCUUUGAUGAUAUUCCUACUCUUGAUGAGCUUCAUGCUCUUGAGGCAGAGGGUUUGAGAGCCAAUGUCAUUCUUGUAGAUACUGCAAAGGACAAAAAGCUGUCCAUGCUGAAGCAACUUAUUGUGGCUCUGGUGAAAGGAUUGAACUCAUAUCCAGCUGAAAUGAUAAAAAAGAUUGCUGGAUUGGUUUCCGAUUUUUAUAAGAGGCCAAAUGCAGAAAGUCCAGCAAAAGCUGCACUUGAAGAAACCUCCCACAUGUUUGAGAAUCGAGGAGUUCAACUUUUGGGGCAAAUAAAACAUGGUUCAUGCCGUCCUAGAGCAAUCUUAUUCAAAGUUCUGGCGGACACCGUAGGUCUUGAAAGUAGGCUAAUGGUGGGAUUGCCUAUUGAUGGAGUCGUUGAGUCUGCAGAUUCAUAUAAGCAUAUGUCGGUGGUAGUUGUAUUGAACUCUGUUGAAUUAUUGGUUGACCUGAUGCGGUUUCCUGGUAAGCUGUUACCCAGAUCAACCAAGGCAAUUUUUUUGACCCAUAUUUCUGCAGCCGGGGAGAGUGAUAGUGCAGAGAAUGACUCGUGCGAUUCACCACUAGAACCGAACAGUCCUCUAUAUGGAUUCUCAGAGAGAGUGGAUCCUGACAGUGCUGAAAAAGAUGAUAGCCCUCAGUUCCGAGGUAGAUUUGAUGUGCCCUCGAAUGCACAAGGUCCCUCAUUACAAAAUAUGAUGUUGCGAUCAAUUACUUCCAUGGAAAGAAAACUGAGUUUAUCACAUAGUGAACCCAACAUUGCAACUACAUUUUGUCGGCGUAGUCGGAGGACGGCCAUUGCUGAACAGCGGACUGCUAGUUCAAGUCCAGAGCAUCCUUCAUUCCGAGCACGUGGGCGGUCCAUGCUCAGUGGUGAUAGGAAAUCUUUUAGAGAUUAUGCUGAUGACAUGCCUACCUCAAGCUACAGGUCAGAUGGUGCAUCAACAUCAGAAGCUCGCAGAUUAAGAAGAAGAAGCAUGAGUAUUACUCCAGAGAUUGGUGAUGAUAUCGUAAGGGCUGUGCGAGCAAUGAAUGAAACAUUGAAGCAGAAUCGACUUUUGAGAGAGCAGGGUGAGGAUGACAGAUCUGCUCUUCAGAAAAAUGACCAAAUCAGUUCUCAAAAAGCAAUGUCAUUACCUUCAUCUCCACAUCAGUACAGAAGUCAAACUUCUGAUAGAAUUGGACCUUCAGAGUUCACGAGAUAUGAUGAAUUGGUCCUAACAUGGAACAGAAUUCUGGAGUCCGCCACAUUUGAUAAUAAGCCUCUAUUGCCUUACCAGGAAUGGAAUAUUGAUUUCUCAGAAUUGACUGUUGGAACUCGUGUUGGAAUAGGGUUCUUUGGAGAAGUCUUUCGAGGCGUUUGGAAUGGAACAGAUGUCGCAAUAAAGGUUUUCUUAGAGCAAGACCUAACUGCUGAAAACAUGGAAGACUUCUGCAAUGAGAUAUCCAUUCUUAGUCGCCUUCGGCAUCCUAAUGUUAUUCUAUUUCUGGGUGCAUGCACAAAGCCUCCACGCUUAUCAAUGGUUACAGAAUACAUGGAGAUGGGAUCUUUGUAUUAUUUGAUUCAUUUGAGUGGCCAGAAGAAGAAGCUUAGCUGGCGAAGGAGACUAAAAAUGUUGCGUGACAUAUGCAGGGGGUUGAUGUGCAUGCACCGGAUGAAGAUAGUUCAUCGUGAUCUAAAAAGUGCAAAUUGUCUCGUGAAUAAGCACUGGACUGUCAAGAUCUGUGACUUUGGACUCUCGAGAAUAAUGUCCGAGACAAACAUGAAGGACUCAUCGUCUGCAGGAACUCCGGAAUGGAUGGCACCUGAGCUUAUACGAAAUGAACCCUUCACUGAAAAAUGUGAUAUUUUCAGCCUUGGGGUUUUAAUGUGGGAGCUCUGCACUCUAAAUAGACCGUGGGAAGGCGUUCCACCAGAGAGGGUAGUUUACGCUGUCGCGAAUGAAGGUUCCCGGUUGGAGAUCCCAGAAGGUCCCCUAGGCAGGCUUAUUUCAGAUUGUUGGACGGAACCGCAGGAUCGACCGAGCUGCGAGGAGAUACUCUCCCGCUUGUUAGGCUGCGAGUACUCACUCUGCUGAUACAAUGUUUUGUGUGUAUAGAAAACAUGGUAGAGGUGUUACUUUGUAUUCUCGGCUUAAGGUGUAUCCUCGUCCUCUUUCUCUUGUCAAUUUCUCAUCUUUUGUAGACUCAUAAAUUUGAUUUCCCUUUUUUUUUUUUUUUUUUUUUGGCUUUUAA